AAUAGAGAGAGAGAGAGAGAGAGGAAAAGCAAAUGCUGAAUCAAGUGAAUAAUAAUAUUUUUAUUCAUUCAUUUUAAUCUUUGUGUGUUACACAUAUGUUGACGUAUAUUUGUACAUAUUUGGUAUGAAUUAUUUGCUGGUGUGUUUGAUAAAUCACAAAGUGGUAUAGUUUAAUUGUCAAUUCAAUUCAUAAUUUGAUGUUGGUGUGAUUUAUCACUGUAAAUUGUUUUUGUUUAUUUUAUUAACAAGUGUGUCGAAAAAUUGAAUGGAAAUUUGUUUUUAAAUGAAAAACAUUGUGAUGAUGAUGAUGAUGAAUCAUUAAAUGUUUUUUUUAAUUGCAUUAAUAUUGGUCUAGGAAUAUUUGUAACAUGUUAACUUUAAUAUAAAUUUUUUAUUAUCAUUUAUUUUAUCUCUGUCAAAUUACAUGAGUUGUAUUUUUCUCUCUCUGGAUAUCUAUCAAGCAACAUAUUUCCUAAUUCAACAUUACGUAAAUUAAUACAUUGGCCGGUUCCAACAUAUUAUAUUCAAGUUAAACGCGUUAUGCAAAUUGUGAAACUCAAUAAGCUGGCUGAAUGUGAUUGUGAAAAAAUAACAAAAAAAGGAGGAAAAAAUAAUAACAUUUUGUUAUGAUUUUUAUUGGCAAAUGUGUUGGUUAAAAAAAAACAACAAUUUAUCAAAUAUUUGAGUGAAUUAUUGUUUGUUAUUUUUGAAUUGAUAAAUAAAUUAAAAAACAAGGUGAAAAAUAUAUAUAAUUUUAAUUAAAAGUGAUUAAAAUAAAAUUACAUUAAAAAUGCCACUUUUUGGUAAAAAAGAUUCAAAUAAAAAAAUGAAAAAAGAUGGAAAGGAUGAUAAAUCAUCAUCUGUUGAUGAUAAAUAUAUCCUCAAGGAAUUAUUGGGAACAGGAGCAUUUUCAGAGGUACGACUUGCUGAAAGUAAAGAAAAUCCUGGUCAAAUGUUUGCUGUUAAAAUUAUUGACAAAAAAGCAUUAAAAGGAAAAGAAGAUUCAUUAGAAAAUGAAAUAAGAGUAUUAAGAAGGUUCAGUGAAACAGUGACACCACAUAGUGUUGAUGGAUCCAUCAAGUCGGAUAGUAGUGGCGAAAGAGGAUGGUUGAAACAUCCAAAUAUUGUACAAUUGUUGGAGACAUUUGAGGACAAACACAAGGUCUAUUUGAUAAUGGAAUUAGUAACUGGUGGUGAAUUAUUUGAUAGAAUUGUUGAAAAAGGUUCUUAUACUGAAAAAGAUGCAUCAGGAUUGAUAAGACAAGUUUUAGAAGCUGUUGAUUAUAUGCAUGAACAAGGAGUUGUUCAUCGUGAUUUAAAACCAGAAAAUUUACUUUAUUAUAGUACAGAUGAAGAUAGUAAAAUAAUGAUAAGUGAUUUCGGUCUUUCAAAAAUGGAAGAUUCAGGAAUAAUGGCAACUGCUUGUGGAACACCUGGAUAUGUUGCCCCUGAAGUGUUGGCACAAAGACCAUAUGGAAAAGCAGUUGAUGUCUGGAGCAUAGGUGUCAUAUCCUACAUUCUUUUGUGUGGCUAUCCACCUUUUUACGAUGAAAAUGAUGCCAAUCUAUUUGCCCAGAUUUUGAAAGGUGAGUUUGAAUUCGAUUCACCUUAUUGGGACGACAUAAGUGAUUCAGCCAAGGAUUUUAUUCACAAACUCAUGUGCGUUAAUGUUGAGAAGAGAUACACUUGCAAACAGGCACUCGCACAUCCCUGGAUAUCUGGAAAUGCAGCAAGCGAUAAAAAUAUCCAUGGCACCAUAGGAAAGUCUCCCUGUUGUAUCAUGGUUCCAGCAAGCCUACCAUGCAGCCACGGUGAUUCGUCAGAUGCAGAGAUUGGCAUUGAACAGCGGUCAUCAACAGCCAUCGAGCCAGAUGUCACAACAACAUCAACAACAUCAACAACGACAACAGCAACAGCAACAACUAGGAACAUCAGGCCACCCCUCUACAGGCAGCCAAAUGGCAUCGCAGUCGCAACAACAACAACAACAACAACAACAACAACAACAACAGCAACAAAACAAUCGCCAUCGGUCAUCGAAUCCAAACAACUGCAAUUGAAAAAAAUACUUGAACCUUCAACAGUUGUAACAAAUAAUAAUAAUAAUAUACCUAAUGCUUCUUGCUCAUCACAAAUGUACUUUCGUCACAAGCGUUUUAAGCUUCCUUGGGAUAAUACACGUACUGCACUAUCAACGUUAUUAUUUCGUAAAAAUAAUACUGGCUAUCCAGUUAGAAAACAACAUAAACACAAAAAAUCGUGAAUCUCAUUUUUAAUUAUAUUAUAAUAUAUAUACUGUGUAUUUUCUCUCUAUAUAAAAUUGAUAUUAAUUAUUUUUUUUUUUUAUCUUUAUUUUUUCGUUUAAAUUGUUUAUUGUUCAUCAACAUUCCCUUAGAUUCAAUAUUACGAACAAUACAACGACAUAUCUCUGUAAUUAUAAAAUAAUUUAUAUUUUUAUUUUUCGUUAUUCAUGAAAAAAUACGAAAACUUUUUUUCUUUUUUUUUAAAUAGUAAGAGUAGAGUUACUGAUAUUUUUGGAUCAAUUUUUAGUUUGUUUCCAAGUGAAUGAUAUGAUAAUGUAAAAAAAUGAAAAAAAAAAUGAAACUGAUAAAUAACAGCUCACCAGUAAAUUUAAGAUAUUUUUUGAAACAAUUAAAAUGUGGUAAAUAAAACAGAGAAAAAAAAUGCAAAAAAAAACUUUAAAAUAUAAAAUUUAAAAAAAAAAAAAUUAAAAAAACUAUUAAAGGGUAUAUAGUAAUGUAAUUUAUGAUAAUUAUCAUGUCCCAAUUUGGGUUUAUUAUGCAAAAGCAUAUGCUUGUUGAUAAAACAAGAAAAAAAAAAAAUAUAUAUUAAUAAAGUUUGUCGAUGAAAUGUUGAUCAGACAAAAUAAAAUUGAUUAUUUGUGCUUCGUAUAAUUACUUAAAAUAUUUUAUGCUGAUAUUUAUAUGAAAAAUUGUAUGUACAAUGCACUAUACUUAUAAAUAGUCAUUACUAUAAUUACUAUAAUUACAAACAUGAAAGAAAAAAAAAUGAACUUGAUGCCAAGAUAAUUUAAAAAUAUUGCACAUUAAAUUUUUAAAUAAAUUCUGUUAAUCGAAAAUAAUGAAAAUAAUAUUUUUCCUGUUUAUUAAUAUUAUUUAAAUAAUAUAUAAUUAUUUUUUUAAAUUGCACAUGCCUAUGUAAAUAGUGCCAGAUAUAUUUUCCUUUUUUUUUUUUAUCUAAAAUCAAUUUAAACAGAAAUAGAAAAAUAUUAGCAAGCAAGUUGUGAAAGAAUGAUUGUGUUUCUAUAAAAUAAUCCAAAUAUGACACAAAUUAAUUGUAUGUAAUUUUUAUUAAUAACUUAAUCUAAAAUUGUUUAUUUUUUUUUUUUAAUUAUUGUUCAAAUUAUAACGAGUCAAAAAAUAUAUAUUUAAUUAUGUGAAUUUUUUCAGCGGUCCGUCCGACCAUUGGCCAUUGUUAAUUUAAAAAAUAAUAAUUAAUAAAAUUAAAAAAGUGUAAACAACAAUGUAUAAUAAAUCAGAUAAAUAUUCAAUAAUAA